AUGCGAAUUGACAAUGUAUGUGAUGCAGACCCUUCAGCCUUAGCAAUAGUAGUAGCACUGGUCAAGAAGGACAAACCAGAGAAAGAACUGAAAGCGUUCUGUGCAGAUCAACUAGAUGUUUUUUUACAAAAAGGUAUUCGGGGUUUUGUGGAUACUAAACUCUUUGAAAGUCUCUAUACCAAGAACUACCUUCCUCCAUUGGAACCAGCCAAACCAGAGCCAAAACCUACAGUUCAGGAAAAAGAGGAAGUCAAAGAAGAGAUAUUUCAUGAGUCAGCAGAGGAAGAGCGAGAAGUCAGAAAAAAGAAAUAUCCCAGUCCCCAAAAGACCCGUUCUGAAUCUAGUGAACGAAGGACACGUGAGAAAAAAAGAGAAGAUGGCAAGUGGAGGGAAUAUGACCGGUACUAUGAGAGAAAUGAAUUGUACCGUGAGAAGUAUGACUGGAGAAGAGGCAGGAGUAAAAGCCGUAGUAAAAGCAGAGGGUUGAGUCGUAGUCGGAGCGAAGUAGGUGGAAGAAGCAAAGAUCGAGAUCCAAAAGAAAUGUUGGUGAAACACAGGGAAAGAUCAAAGUUCAAGAGUGAAAGGAAAUGAUUUGGAUAUUCCUAUGUGCCAGUGUCUGCACCACCGAACUCUUCUGACCAGUAUUCCUGUGGGGCUCAGUCUAUUCCCAGCACUGUUACCGUGAUUGCACCUGCUCACCACCCUGAGAACACAACAAGAGCUGGUCUAAAUUACUAUAACAAUCAUAGUUCUUCCAAUUCUUUUGGUAGAAACCCACCCACCAAGAGGCGAUGCAGAGAUUAUGAUGAAAGAGGAUUUUGUGUACUUGGUGACCUUUGUCAGUUUGAUCAUGGGAAUGAUCCUCUGGUAGUUGAUGAAGUUGCUUUACCAAGCAUGAUCCCUUUCCCACCUCCACCUCCUGGGCUUCCUCCUCCACCACCGCCUGGCAUGUUAAUGCCUCCAAUGCCAGGACCAGGGCCAGGCCCUGGACCAGGCCCAGGUCCAGGACCAGGACCAGGCCCAGGCCCAGGCCCAGGGCCUGGCCAUAAUAUGAGACUUCCAGUUCCACAGGGACGUCAGCCUCCACCUUCUGUUGUGCUUCCUGUACCAAGUGAACCACCUAUAACACAGUCAAACUUGAUAAAUAACCGUGAUCAGCCUGGAACAAGUGCAGUGCCCAAUCUUGCACCAGUGGGAGCAAGACUACCUCCUCCUUUACCCCCAGAACCUCUUUAUACAGUAUCAGAACGACAGCCCAUGUACUCUCGUGACCAUGGUGCUGCUGCAUCUGAGCGACUUCAGUUGGGGACACCGCCUCCUCUGUUGGCAGCUCGUUUGGUGCCACCUCGAAACCUCAUGGGAUCCUCCAUUGGGGCCAAACCUCAGUUUUCCAGUCCCACCCCUCUGGUCCCAGAUACUUAUGAGCCAGAUGGCUAUAACCCAGAAGCUCCUAGUAUUACCAGUACUGGUAGAUCGCAAUACCGACAGUUCUUUUCAAGAACACAGACACAGCGCCCAAAUCUGAUUGGCCUAACAUCUGGUGAUAUGGAUGCAAAUCCAAGAGCUGCUAAUAUUGUCAUCCAGACUGAACCACCAGUUCCUGUGUCAAUUAAUAGCAACAUUACCAGAGUAGUGCUUGAACCGGAUAGCAGAAAAAGAGCCAUGAGUGGUUUGGAAGGACCGCUCACAAAGAAGCCUUGGAUGGGAAAGCAAGGGAAUAACAAUCAGAGUAAACAAGGAUUCCUAAGGAAGAAUCCAUAUACAAACACCAAAUUAGAAGUCAGGAAAAUUCCCCAGGAACUCAACAAUAUUACGAAGCUCAAUGAGCACUUCAGCAAAUUUGGAACCAUAGUUAAUAUUCAGGUUGCUUUUAAGGGUGAUCCUGAAGCAGCUCUCAUCCAAUAUCUCACUAAUGAUGAGGCCAGAAAAGCCAUUUACAGCACAGAAGCUGUUUUAAAUAACCGGUUUAUAAGACUUCUAUGGCACAGGGAAAAUAAUGAGCAACCACCAUUAGCACCACCAACUCAGCAGCUCCUCCAGCAGCAGCAGCAGACGUCUCUCUCUCAUCUGUCCCAACAACACCAUCAUCUCCAGCAACACCUCCAUCAGCAGCAGGCACUGGUAGCUCAGUCUCCGCCUUCCACAGUGCAUGGGAGUAUUCAGAAGAUGAUGAACAAACCACAGGCACCAGGUGUAUAUGUUCUUAACAAAGUUCCUGUUAAACAUCGCCUUGGGCAAGCAAGUGGAAACCAGGGUGAUACAGCACACUUAUUGAAUCAGUCUGGUGGUACCACUGGAGAUGACUGCCAGACAUUUUCACCAUCAGGCCAUGCAAAAAUGAUGUACAGCUCCACAAACUUAAAGACAACUCAAAAACUUGGUUCAGCAUCUAAAUCCCAUGAUGUUCAAGAAGUUUUUAAAAAGAAACAGGAGGCAAUGAAGCUACAGCAAGAUAUGAGGAAAAAGAGACAAGAAGUACUAGAGAAGCAAAUAGAAUGUCAAAAGAUGCUAAUAUCAAAGUUGGAGAAAAACAAAAACAUGAAGCCAGAAGAAAGAGCAAACAUAAUGAAGACUUUGAAAGAGCUUGGAGAAAAAAUCUCACAGUUGAAGGAUGAAUUAAAAACAUCUUCUGCAGCUUCUACACCAUCCAAACUAAAGUCAAAGACAGAGGCACAGAAGGAGCUGCUAGAUGCAGAACUAGACUUCCACAAGAGGCUAUCUUCUGGUGAAGACACAACAGAAUUGCGGAAAAAACUUAAUCAGUUACAGGUUGAGGCUGCUCGUUUAGGUAUUUUGCCUGUGGGUCGUGGAAAGACCAUGUCUUCUCAAGGCCGAGGAAGAGGCCGAGGCCGUGGAGCAAGAGGAAGGGGCUCAUUAAAUCAUAUGGUGGUGGAUCAUCGCCCCCGAGCAAUAACAGUUGUGGGCUUCUUUGAGGAGGAGAAAGAUGAAUUAUUACAGCAUUUCUCAAAAUUUGGAGAUAUUGAAGAUCUACAAGAAGAAGAAUCACCUUUAAGUGUUGUUUUAACGUAUAAGUCUAGGUCAGAAGCUGAAAAUGCUGCAAACCAAGGAUCAAAAUUCAGAGACCGCAGACUACAGAUAUCAUGGCACAAACCCAAGGUACCAUCUAUAUCAACAGAAACUGAGGAAGAAGAAGUCAAAGAAGAGGAGACUGAAGCUUCAGAUUUGUUUUUGCAUGAUGAUGAUGAUGAAGAUGAAGAUGAAUAUGAAUCUCGUUCUUGGAGAAGAUGAAAUCUGAUGGGAGCUGUAUAGUUUUAGGAAUUUUGUUUAGAAGAACAACUUUUUAAAAUUAUUUAAAGACGUCAUUGAGCCAAAAAUUUUUAUUUUUUUUUUCUUUUCAACAUAGGUUUAAAGACAGCAAGUUUGCUAUUUAAACACAUCUCAUAACUGUAUGUGAUAUUAAAGCAGCCAAAGGCCUAGUGACUUUUACACAAUUCUGAAGAUCCACAAGAGUCGUAUGGGUGUUCUCUAGAGCCUUAUUUUCCACACCACCUAUUUUCGAUGGUGUGGGAUUAUGAUGUAGAUGACAGGGUGUUUAGAAAUUUUAUUUUGUAAUAUAAUCUGCUGAUAAAAUUUCAUUAAAUGUCAAAGUAGCCUGGAAUCUCGUAACUCUCAGAUAUUAUGGAUGGGGUCGUCAUGGGAGAUAUUUUUGACUAAACCUUGUUUUAAGAUUCAUCCUGAAAGAAAAAUACAAUUUGUUUUAAUUUUUUAAUAUUGGAGGAGCCUGGCUUGUAUUCAGUCUGAAUUUUUUUCAGAGUUUUUAUAUGAACAUAAAUUGUACAAUACAUAUAAUAUAAUCUUCCAUGAUACUAUUUCAAUGUAAAUUACAUCAAAUCCUGUAUGUUCUCUAAAAUGUUAUGUGACAUUGCUAGCUCCAUUGAUGUUUCCAUUCUGUCAUUUUUCAGUCUUAUCUGAACUCUCCCAGGUUUGGACUCAGUUCAGUUCACUUUGCGUUUAUUACUUUGUCAGUAUUGGUUCAAUCCCUGCUCUUUUAAAAUUCUCCAAAUUUGAGACAGUUGUGCCCAUUGCUCCUUUUUUUUUCCUCCCUCUCCUCCCUCACUUCCCACCCUUGCACCUGAAUUAAUAGGCCAAACGUGCACAGUAUUGAGAGAAACUCAUCGUCUGGCUCAUGAAAGGCCGAUCCCUCCUUAAUAAAAAGGCUUUGAACUAAACCAGCACUUGGAACAAUUAAGGAAUGUUUUCAUGGGCAUGGCAAAGGUUUUCACCAUGUUUGUUGGAAUGCUAUUUACAGUUGCAGUUUAGUUUUAAGUAACCUAAAACAUUUAAUGUAUCUCAAAAUUACCUUUUCCUGAAUUUAAACCAUGAUGGAGAAGUUGGGGUGGCGGGUGGGAUUGACAAUAGCAAAUUAUAUAAAUGGAAGGUAGUAACUUGGCUUUGAAUAGAAAAUGAUGCAUUUUCAUAAUUUUGUGGCUUUCAUUGUCCAUGAACAUACAAGCAUCAUUUAAUAGGCAGUUUUCUUCACUGUGUGCAUUUUUACUGUACACUUAUAUAGAGUAGAUUCUAUCUGUUAAGUAAAAUAUAUAUGUAAAUUUAAUGUCCUUGUGUUCUGAAUGUUAGAUGGAACAGUAGAGGAGCAACACUACACUGUACCAACCCCUGGAGGAAUUAACCGUGAUUAAUAUAAAUGGAGUAUGUCACUCAAGAAUAUGCACACCUGCAUUUAUCUAUGGUUCUCAUUCAUUUAUGUGAUGUGAACACUGGAAACUUCUUCUUGACUUUAGAAGAUUCCUGGUGUUCACUUUUAUCAGGGAUUAUGUUUUCCUGUGGCAAAUACUAUUCCUCAGAGCAAAAACAGUCAAGUAAGGAACUUAAAACCAACAGGAUUUUAGAUUUACUUAGCUAUAAGAAAUGAAAUCCCAUAUUUGUAUCAUCUGUGUCUCUUUUAUCAUCCCAUUUUCCUGCAGUGGCAUAUGAAACCAGGAUCCCUUUUAAGUUUUUAUAACUUUCCCUUCCUAAUGAGGGCUUCUCUUUCUAGGUUAUUAUUGUAUUUCAACUAACAUUAAGGCUAACAUGACCUUGUAAAGGAAUGAAAAUACUAGAAUGGGGUACCUAGAAUAAGCAAUCUUGCUCCUCUCCCAUCACCUCUAAUGACAUUUUCUUAAUGUCUGUGGCUCAGUCAGUAUAUAUUUUGAAAGAUCCAUUAUUGUGAAUGUUUUGAGUCCUGACAGUUUAAAAAUGAUAGAGGGAACAAAGGAUUUAUAUAUUUUUUGUAUAAAGUUUUUCUUAAACUGUAUAAUUUUGUAAAUAAUUUGGUUUUUUUGUGUACUAAAACUACCAGCGUAUAGAUUUCAAUAAGAAUUGUUGUAUUUUUGUAUUUGGAAACUGAAGAUUACAGUAAAUUAAUGGAGCUGUAAGAAAAAUUUCAGUAGACUGGCACAGUUCAAAUAGAAUGGGAUUCCUUUUCAUAUGAUUUUUAAAAACCAACAACCCUCUAAACUGACACCUUGCAGUCUCAGUUCAGAGUGAGCAGAUGAGGGAUGUGUUUGGGUUUUUACUGAUUGGGGGACAAAGAAAAGAAAACAGAGAGGGUUAAAGUGAAGAACAGAUAGAGGCUUUCUUUGGUCAGAUUUGAAACCCUUGUAUAAACCUUUUAAGCACGCCCUCCUAUUUCUAGAAUACUUAAGCAUCCUAAAUAGAAUUUCUGGGGAUUUUAGAAAAGAUUUGAGCCUCUCAAAUGAAUUCAAAUACAGGCUGUUUAUAUUAUUAGAAAAUUGAAGUGAUGAUUUAGCAUAAAGUAGCUUAAACUUUUCCUAUAUAAGAUUUUUUUUUUCAAAAUCCUAGAGUUUUUUUUUUUUCUAAAAGCGGGUAACUACUGUGACUAAUUUUUUCUCUUGUAGGUAGCUUCAUUUUAUGAAAUGCCGUACAGCCUCUGUAGUAUAUUCUACUGUUCUUUAUAAUGCGCAUGACAUCUUUAUAAGCAGCUGAUCACUAAAAGAAAAUGAUACCAACCUACUUUCUCAGCUUAGUUUACCAAUGGGUUGCUUCCCAUGCUCAAGAUUCAACCCAGGGAUGUAUAGAGUUUCCCUCAAUUUCUUCAUGUUAUAAUUUUAAGACAAAAUUUUCAACAGCUAAAAUAAAUUGGAAAACAUUGUCCUGUUAAGAUGAAAUAGGUAAUGACAGCGACGGGUCAUUAGUACAAAAAGAAGAAAAAAAUCAUGUGAAAAGGAAUCGUGGUUCCUCUUGAUGUAUAGGAUGCCUGUAUUAUAGUUUUUUCAAAAUUGUGACCUUGUGUAAUAGCAUAAUAGGCGAUAUUGUUGGAUUUCUAACUGUUUAUACAUUUAAAUUCCUAUAUGUAAUGUUUGUUUUACUGAUUACAACCUGAAUUUCUAAGAAGCAUGUUGACUUUUGCAAUAAAGAUACAAUAUGGAAUGGUUCAAAAUUGGAAGAAAAAAAAAAGGCUAAAAAAAAAAAAGUUGGUAAUUUAAAAGAAUUUGGAAAAUUUAAGAACCAUUCCAAAAAUUA